ACAAACAUGAAACCGGUUACUUUUGAUCGUUACUCUGACGUAGCAACAAUCUGGUUUUUCCUCUGAGAUAGUCAGAAGGAUAAAAGCGGUUCUGCAUGUAGCGGUGAAUUAGUGUGCAGCUGUCGCGCAUCACAUUCACGAUCAAUCUGUAUCCAAGAGUCAGAUUUAUUCAUUUUGUGUUAUUAAAAAAAGUGACCGGUUGUCCUUCGGAUUCGCGCGUUUAGAGUCGCAGAAAGAAUAAAAGAAAAGCACAAAAGGAAGAAAACAACGGAAGAGUAUCAAACAUUAAAACAAACAUAAAAUUGUGAAAAAUCUUGUAUUAAAAAAGAAAUUUACAUUAACAUCUCAAGAACACGACGUGACUAAAAAAAGAUGAAGAAAGGUUUCCUGUUUAUCAUAUCGGUUCUUUUCGCGAUAAUCCUCGUGAAUUCUCGCGAAUGUCGCGCAAAUUACGUUUUUCCACCGGUCAAAGUGGAGCCGCUAUAUCCUGUAGGACUGCGUAUGUCUAUUCCCGAUGAACACGGGAUUACAUUGGUGGCUUUCCAUGUAAAAUUCAACGAAGAUUUCGACGGUCUGGAAGCGGGAAGUAUCGCAAAAGACAUCCUGAAACUGCGCGACGGACGAUGGGUCUACGAAGACAAGCAGACACAAUUGAGACGGGAUGACAUUCUUUAUUAUUGGAUCCAUGUUGUGUAUAACGGUCUCGGUUACAACUUGGUCGAUCAAUCCCACCGAGUUGUCGAUUUUUACAAUUACGACGGCAGUGUCCAUAUCAAGAGUGGGAUUGCACCAGUCGAGGAACAGUGCACCACAAAAUCAACCACGUGGAUCUUCAAAAGUGGCUCUCGACAACAAGCCUGUCCGGGUCAAUUACUUUUCGAAGAAGAUUUUGAUACUCUCAACAACACGAGCUGGAAUUUGGUACAACGAUUUUCCGGACCGCCAGAUGAUGAGUUUGUUGUCUAUAUGACCAAUGACGUAACAGACGUGAGCGAUGGCAAGCUGCGUAUCAAACCGAUGCUGCUUGAUAACAAGUUUGGCGAUAAUUUUGCAUCACACGGAAGUUUGAAUCUAGAAGGAUGCACAGGUGCUGGCACGAAAGAGUGUCAACGCCGUGGCGGCGGGUUCUAUGUUUUGCCUCCCAUAAUUUCAGGUCGUAUUGACACUAAGGAAAAAUUUGAAUUUCUCUUCGGACGUGUUGAAGUGAGAGCCAAACUACCGCAUGGUGACUGGGUAUAUCCAGUGAUAAUCCUGGAGAGUACUGAGAACGAUUGGGAAUUUGGGAUACACCACGAGAUUAGAAUCGCAUCCUCAGUAGGCAACAGGGAACUGACUACUACCGACAAUCAGAACUUCAACGAGAAUAUACUGUGCGCAGGUGGAUUAACCGUUCGACUGAAUGAUAGCAAUGCGAUUAAUAUGAAUUGUCGGGCGCUUCCUAAGAGACGAUCGAGCAAUCCGUGGUCGGAAAAUCUGCAUAUUUUCGAGCUCGAAUGGAAAAAUGGUCUCAUCUCAGUGAAAGUCGACGGUGUAAAAUACGGCGAGCAGUCUGUGGAUGCAUCGUUCGGCAAACGAUCGUAUCUAGUUCUAGGCGUGGCUGUAGGAGGCAUUCACGAAUUUGCGGAUCUUGUUACGAGCAGCGGUUAUGUCAAACCAUGGGGGAAUGUCGAGGCAAAAGCAUUGUACAAGUUUAAUCGCGCAAAAGGUGAUUGGUACCCCACAUGGAAUGCAAAAACGGUACUAGAAGUCGAUUACGUGAAAGUAUGGGCAUUGUGAACAUUUUUCUGUGUCAAUAUAGUUAAAGUUGUGUUCAGGGUAAGAUAAAAGAUAUGCCAGAUUAUUCAAAUUUUGCCAGUCAGUGGGUAAUA